AGUGCUCACUCGCCCACUUCCUCUAGAUACCUCCACACACCAUUCACUUGGCCACACGCUGUGGUACGAUCGCGUGGGGGCGCUGCAUCUGCAUGCCGAUGGCGGUCAUCCUCCACUUCGCCGUGUUCGCCGUCUCCUGCGCCCUCCUUGUUGCAUCGGUUCUGUCACUUCCGCCGGCGGUGUUUAAGGUCGGCGACGAGCGGGGGUGGACGGUGCCGGCCAAUGGCACCGAGACGUACAACCACUGGGCAAAGAGGAACCGCUUCCAAGUCGGCGACGUCCUGAAUUUCAAGUACGCCAACGACGACUCGGUGCUGCUGGUGGCCCACGACGACUACAAGCAGUGCGGCACGGCGAUCCCGCUGAGCCGGUUCACGGGCGGCGACACCAAGUUCACGCUGGACCGCUACGGCCCGCUCUACUUCGUCAGCGGCGUCGCGGGCCACUGCGAGGCCGGGCAGCGGAUGAUCGUGCGGGUCAGGGCCCCAUCCGCGCUGUACGGCGCCCCCGCUAUGGCGCCGGCGCCGGCGAUGCCGCCAGCCGUCGGUGGUAGUGGCAGUGGCGCGCCCAGCCCGCGCCCGGCCUCCUCACCCGCCGCGCCGUCGAUCGGCGGCUCUGGUUCCGCUUCGGCUUCUGCAGCCCCGAGCCCAAGCCCGCUGCCGCAGGCCAGCGGUGGUGCGUCUAGGCGCGUGCUUGGCGUCGUGUCGUCCGUUGCUGUGGGGCUUGUGGUCUUGGUUGCCAGUGCCAUCACCCUGUCCGUGCUGGUGGUUUGAACGUACAAUUAAUUCUGUUUUCUGGAUCCAUACUCGUAGCGCAUGCCAUCGGUUUAGGAAGUAUUGUUAGUUUUCCGACUACGUCUUGAUCGGUUAGAGUUGGUAGGGCCACUGGCCACAGUCGCAUGCUUAGUUUGAUGAGUGAAAGACUUGUGUCAUUCAAUAAAUGGAUGAUUAAUCUAAUC